AUGGAUGAGUCUAAUAUACAAAGGAAAUCACUGCCCGUGGAAAAUAGCUGCUCAUUGACAACCAAAUUGAAUAAUUCUGUUUGUAUUAAUACCAGUUCUUAUGAAGAAACUUCCCCUGAAAACUGCUCAGUAGAUCAUGAAGCAGAUUUGAAGCACUCCAGAGAGAACUUAUUGGUUUCUUAUAUUUUAAUUGCUUACUUCAUUCAUCGGGACAGUUUGAUGCAUGAAGAACAACUUCAUGAUGAGGAAAAGACAGGCAGUGACGCCUUACAACAGGCUGGAGAAGUACUUGGCCAGAGUGCUCAAAGUGCAAUGGAUGUUGAAGUUCUUUGCAUGGCUCAUUUAAGAAAAAGUAGUGAUACUAGAGAUUCCUCUUUUGAAGACUAUGGUGGUUCUAAUCAUUCUGCAAAAGUAUGGCCAGCAAAUGGUUGUACAGGUGAAAGGGGAACUGGGAGGUCUGCAAAGAAACCUGAUAAAGGAAGGACUGCAAAAGAGGAGGCAUCCAAACGUGGGAAGGUCCGAGAAAUACAGAAAAAGCUAUCUUCCAUGCUUUAA